GUAGAUGCAUGGGAGACGCCACUUUGACUGGGUUUCGACGGGCGCUGCCCGAAGAACUGCGCGAUGCUGCCUUGUGAGAGACCAGGUUUGGCGUUCGAUUUGGGUUUGGUGCUGUCGUUGGUGGUGGUGGUGUCCGGCGUCGGAUCAGGAGCCGAUGCGAUGUACUGCCGGGCUGUGGAGAAGCCCAUGGACAUGGUUGUUUGCGGUGCAGAAAAGGUGGAGGAGCCGCUCAUCGUGGUGCCUGUCACCAUCGUGGUUGUCGGUUGUCCUCCGUGUCUGGCGCGUUUAGGGUACGGCUCGCCUCCUGGGGCACGCGACCCGUCCCAUCGGAUCGCCGCGUCGGGGAUG